UGGCAUCAGGCGCGCACUCAGAGAUGAGACCUCACAGAGGACGCAGCACAGCAGCAGAGAUUUCUUGGAUUUCAUCUUGAAUUUAUUCAUAUACAGUCAGUAUGUAGUCUUUUUUUAGUAAACUGGCACGUUGUUUGUCGAUAUGAAAUUUAUGGAAUAGUCGCCAUUAAUCUUAUUAUUAUUUAUCUGUAUAUCAAAUGGACUGAAAUGAUUCAAAUCAAGCUCGAAAUCGCGGUGACUGCAAUGUGUCAUUUCUGUUGAUUUCUGCAACUCGAGACCGCUCGACUACCUGUAGGAUUGCAUAGAGAGCGUAAGGGAGCUGAAGCCCAGGAGGUAAUGCGCAUCAUAAUACGAUUUGUUUUUGUGAACAUUCCUCUUCUGCACCUUUAUAACCGAUAAACACCUGACUAACAUACGCUUAUGGAACCGCUGUAAUCUGAAGGAGAGACGACACCACGUUGUUUUUGAAGAGGCGUUGGGAUGCUCCACAUUUAUCCUUCAAAUCCAAUUGAAGAUGCCCAGAAAACGGGGACAUUUCCAGCCAUAUACGACACAUCAAGAUCCGUUUGAACGCCGACAGUUGAAUGGUUCGCAUUUAUGUACCAUUUAUCCGAAUGCAUUCGUGACAGCAAUAGUUAAUGAAGCUGAUGCAAAACGGUGUGCAAUCUGUCGGGUGAUCGUUUUUGCAUGAGUGUGCACAUGAGUGACUAAUCGCACCUGAAACCAAAAUAACAGAUGAGGAAGAUGAAUGAAACAGGCGUUUUGAAUUCAUUUUGCUUUGAGCUUCCAACAAGCGCUCUGCUGUAGUAAAGUUGCAGUGGCCAAACUACAGCGGUGCUUUAUGAAGAUCAGUAUCAAAGUGCUGAUUUGCCCUCGCAGAGAUGCCCGUGCGUGCCGUGACUUCCAGGUUCAUGUACAGGGGACUUUGUUCAAUUCCAGAUAUCCUCUCUUACAGAGCUCCGAUCAGCCUCCCAGAGGAUGAAGUGGAGGAGAUCCGUGAAGCCUUCAAGGUGUUUGAUCGUGACGGGAAUGGAUUCAUCUCAAAACAGGAGUUGGGAAUUGCCAUGCGGUCUCUUGGUUACAUGCCAAAUGAGGUGGAGCUGGAAGUGAUCAGUCAAAGACUGGAUAUGGAUGGUGAUGGUCAAGUUGAUUUUGAGGAGUUUGUAACACUUCUUGGGCCAAAGCUGGCAUCUGCUGGUAUGCCUGAUAGGUUCCACGGAGCUGAGUUUGACUCCAUAUUCUGGAAGUGUGACAUGCAAAAGCUGACUGUGGAUGAGCUCAAGAGACUCUUGUACGACACAUUCUGUGACCAUUUGACAAUGAAAGACAUCGAGAACAUUAUCAUGACAGAGGAGAGUCACUUAAACAGCCCCGAGUGCCAAGUAGAUAUCGAUACAAGCCCCAUGCAGCAAGUCAAGCACACGUGUGUGCGCAAGAGCUUGAUUUGUGCCUUUGCUAUCGCAUUUAUCAUCAGCGUCAUGCUCAUCGCAGCCAAUCAGAUGCUUCGAAGAGGGAUGCAGUGACUGGUUCUGUUUCUAAAACAGCUGACUGGCAACAGUCAGGCAGAAGAACAACAUCCCAAAAGCCCAAAACAAUUGACCCACUCUGUGCAAACUACAUAAAAUCAUCCCACAUAAUGUGAAAAUUAAAGGGAAAUCAGUGGGUGAAAUCAAACUUUGAUGCUCUUAAUCUCAUUAUUAGAUUAUGAGACUUUAGCCUGGAUUUUGUAGAUGGGGUCACAAUUCAGUUUAAAUGUGUCAAUUAUGUUUGUGUAGAAAUAAGAGUAGGAAGACUGAUUAAUUAAUAUUGGGAUAAAUACUAUUAAAUGUUUUCUAUUAGUUUAUGUUACUAAGCAGAAACAAUAUUCAUCUGUUAUAACACAGAACAUGACUUAUUUUAUUGUAUAGUUAUAAUCUACCUUCUUUUUAAAUAAUGUAUAAAUGCCAUAUUAGGGCCUUUGUGGACAUGAAAUAUUUCUCCUAUUUUUAAAGCCUGUGUAAAGUCAUUCGAGAAUUGUUUCUAAACACAUGAUAAAUGUUAGUAGUGUAUUGCUGAAAGAGUACAAAGUUGAAACAGUUUUCCCCACA